UGUUGACAGUGACGGGCAAUCAGGUGACGGUGUUUGUGUGUGUGUUUGUGUGUGUUUGUGUGACAGAGUAAGGCACAGGGGCAAUAACCACCUCAGGAGAAGACACACCCACAGGUAAAAGUAAUUGCCCCGAAGGUGAAGCGAGCAGUGAGGCAAGAUGAGUGGCGGCGGCAGCAGUGACAGUGGCCUGGACCUCUCUGGGAAACUAAUCAUCAAGGCUCAGUUAGGGAAUGACAUCCGACGUAUUCCAAUACACAACGAAGACAUGACCUACGAUGAGCUCAUACUGAUGAUGCAGCGAGUGUUUCGCGGCUCACUCUCCCCAGAUGAUGACAUCACUCUCAAGUAUAAAGAUGAGGAUGGGGACUUGGUGACCAUCUUUGACAGCUCUGAUCUGGCAUUUGCCAUUCAGUGUAGUCGUAUCCUAAAGCUUGCCAUCCUUCUCAAUGGUCAACAAACCACUGGAAAGGAGUCACAGCUAUCAGUAAGCCAGAGUUCGGCUGUAAGACAGGAGCUGCGUGCAAUAAGGGACCGAGUCACAGCUUUACUGGAUGCCCUGGAUGUCUUUGGUGAGACAGCGCCCAAAACAGCUUCAGAAAACACAGGUGUGAUCAGCAGCAGCUGUGGUAACCCAGCAGCAGCAUCUUCCCCGGCCCCUCCUCCAGUGAAGCAGUUAACAGUUUCUUCCAAAGAGUUUGACCCACUCCAGCAGGCCGAACUCCAGAAGCAGAAGCAGCCACAACAGCCUCAGAAGCAGCCGUUACCACCUGUAUCCACUGUGCCAGCCCCUCAGACGCCAGCUUCAUCUACUAGUAAUCAAAGUGAAGUUGCAUCAAAUGUUGAAGAAGCUAAUGUGUACCAAGACAUCAUGUCCUCUUUUGGGUUAGCGGAAGGUGAGGGGAAUGUGAACUCCACCAGUUCACAAGUUGAGAGCAGCACAACUGCUACCAGCACUCCCACAGUAGCCCCUUACCAGCAAUCCCAGCAGCAGCAGCAGCAGCCUGUACCAUCAUCACAGCCUCCUCAACCAAAGCCCCUGCAGCCACCACAGCAGCAACAACCACAACAACCACCACAGCCACAGCAACCCAGCUAUGCAAACUAUAGUGCUGUUCCAGUUUCUGCCUCACCUCAAGGACGUUAUUCUUAUCAACCAGGUCAACACUAUGGAAGUAGCACCCCUGACGUGAGUGUUGGAGCCAGCACCGCCACCAGCACCUCCCAGGCCCACACCUCCCAGCAGUACUAUCCAGGCUACCACCAGUACCCUGGGUAUGGAGUUCCUAGCAGCCAACCAAGUGGGUACAGCCAGGCGUAUCCCAGUACCCAGCAGUACCCUCCCAACUACACCUCCCAGGCUGGAACAACUCCCCCUGUGCCAGCUUCUUCAGCCCAGCCAGUACCACCUCCCGCAGGACCACGCCCACAAAUGAGUUAUGGGCCACAGACCUACCAGCAGUGGCCACAGUAGCAAGAGGCAUCAAGCAGCUGGCUGAAACACGUGCUGGCCAUCACUGGUUGUUUCUGCAAGUGUAAGUUUACUAUGAUUUAUUGAGGAACAAAAGUGAGACAAAGUGAGUAGUGAGAGAUUUACUGAUCUUAACGGAAGCUAAAGUAUUACCAACACUCCAAAUUUGAAAGUGUAUAAUAAGGACCAAUUCAGAUGAUUAAAUAUGUUAAAUGUUAUAAAGAUAGUACAGAGGAAAUACGUAGUUAUAUGAUAUCAAUGAUAGUCAUAUAUGCAAAGAUAUUCAUAAAAAUAAAGUGCAGGUGAAGUGACGUAUAUGCCAAAUAUAGUUUAUAUUCAUAGUAUGGAAUGUAUUUUUAAUACAGUAUGCAUAUGACUAAUAUAUGUUCAAAAGAGUUACUUACAUAUUGUUAAAUCAUGGUUAUAAAUGAAAAAACAAAUUGCAUGGUUAUAUUUAAGUAAAAAUUAUGAGUUGCUUACUUAUAUGAUUUUAAAAGAUAUAAUAAACUUUUCCCACACAGUAUAGUAAGCAUCUGCAUAUCAAGGUUGCUAUUAUUUGGUGAGCAUUACCAGCAGUCCCUCCUCUACUGAAAAAAAUGCAUGAAUAUCCCUGUUACCAUUCAGGUUAUUGGCAAGGAACAUGUGAGAAACAUUUCAAGAUGGACUAAAAUUUUCUCUGAGAGUUUUGAAGGCAGGAAGGGCCUGGUCAUCAGUGGGUCAAGUGCUGGAGCUGCCUGGAUGAGUAGCCAUUGACCCUUAGACGGCAGUGGAAGUCCAUAUAGACAGUCCAAAAUUCAGGCAGUCAGUUUUGUAUGGCAGAAAUAUAACAACUCUUCCAGAUUGCGGUAGAAUCUACGUAUAGAUGAUAGUUAAAACAUCUCUUAUGCGGCGUAACUAUAUUUAUGCUACGGUCCUAAGGUUGGCAGUGACUGUAUAUAGACCAUUCAUUUUGGGGUGAGAUACUCUUCAAAUACUGCUGCUGUCUAAGGGUUGAGGGCAGAUUGGUGGAAUUUAGCUCUGCCAUUGCUAUAACUCAAUUAUAUCAACAUUUUUUUAAAUAAUCCAUGCAUCACCCCUGACUGUAUGUCCAAUUCGAAUUACAAAAUAUUUUGCAAACUUUAACAGUCUUUAAAAAAAGGAAAACAUGUACAGUCGGCAAAAAAGUAUUGAGCACCUAUGAGUCGACUGAAUAGACUGAAUUAAAUUUGAGUGUUGUAUUGGUUAGGUGGUACCAAUGGCUAGACUCUGGGCCUUAGUCUUAAACAUUUAAUCUCCCAAGUACACAUAUUUCACAAAGCUUUUUAUCAGUUGUGGGCAUUUCCAGGAGUAGUUUUAUGACCCUGGUGGUAGUUUGAUCCUUCCUCUGUACCGUGAACUUAGAAGACACUCAUUAGAACCUGAUUGAUCCCCUCUUUGACCUUUAGAAAUAUUUGAUGUGAGAACCGAAAGUGUCUCAUAAUUCUGGCCUCUACCCAAUGGUACACACCUAACCAACACAGCGCCAUGUCUGCAGAUACUCAGAUACUAUGCAAUUGACCCAUGGCUGCUCGAUACUCCUUUUUGUUGAUUGUACCAUUAGAGAUGAGAAAAAAAACUUGAAGGCUCUGACAGUUGCUAAAUAAGAAGAAAUGUAUAUUCCAUCAGAGGUGACAAAAGGAUUGGUUUACCUCUAAAAUGUGUCCAGAAAUGUGGAAUUAAAUCAGACUUUUUGAAGUAAUUUAGGUUUGCAGAAGUUCACUGUAUGUUCAAAAAUUUAAAAUAAUAACUCUGAUCAGUUUGUGAAGGUCUUCUUAUCGGCAUUUUGAACAACAUCUCAUUCCAUGUUAGCAGAAUUUAAGGAAGUUUAAGCCUCAAGAAACUAGAAAACACACACACACAGAGAAAUGAUUUACCUAGUGAAGUAAAGCAGAUGUUACCUUCAUUUGCAUCCACACACCUAUUAAACUAAGGAUGAUCUAAAUUUAUGUAAGGUGGCAAUAUCCUCUGUUCUGAUCCUCAGGUAUAUCCCCCUUAUUAAUGCUUACCCUUCAACACUGGAUCUUCUGUCAUUUAAAUGCCUCCUCCCCUUCAUGACUAUUUUUCAAAUAAACAGCUUCCACUCU